UGGCUUAUAGUAGGCUGGGCUGGGCUGGGUUCACUCAAGCCUUUAUAACACUCUGCAGGAGACAUCCUGUAGAAACAGCAACUUUUACUCGAGUUUUGUAUCACUUUUAGUCUCUUACUGGACAUCAUAGAGAACCGGUGUCUCCAAAACUGAAAAUGGAGGAGAUCCAGAUUGAGACAAGACAGUUACUUGACAAGGACCUUCAGGGAUUAAGAGAAGCUGUUCAGCAGCUUGAGACAAAGGAGCAUGAUGUUGAUACACCUUAUGGCAGAAUCCACUGUACUAUGAAGGGAGUCCCCAAAGGAGACAGACCUGUCAUUCUCACCUUCCACGACAUUGGACUGAACCACAAGACAUGCUUUGACACUCUGUUCCAACAUGAGGACAUGCAGGAGAUAAUGCAGCACUUUGCUGUGUGCCAUGUGGAUGCACCAGGACAGCACGAGGGUGCCAAUACUUUCUCCACUGGAUAUGAGUACCCUUCUAUGGACCAGCUCUCUGAGACACUUCCUCUGGUCCUGAAACAUUUUGGUCUUAAGAGUGUGAUCGGGAUGGCGGUUGGAGCCGGUGCCUACGUCCUUGCAAAGUUUGCUCUGGACUACCCUAAAAUGGUGGAGGGUAUUGUUUUGAUCAACAUCAAUCCAUGUGCUGAGGGCUGGAUGGACUGGGCGGCACAAAAGAUCAGUGGCUGGACUCAUGCCAUGCCUGACAUGAUCAUCAGCCAUCUAUUUGGAAAGGAGGAAAUUCAAAACAACCAUGACCUGAUUGGCACUUACCGCCACCACAUCCUGAAUGACAUGAAUCAGUACAACUUGCAGCUGUUUAUCAAGGCAUAUAACAGCCGAAGAGACCUUGAAAUUGAGAGGCCUGUUCCUGGAGGAAACAUUAAUGUCAGAACCAUCAAGUGCCCCUCUCUUCUCGUAGUUGGAGACAGCUCUCCUGCAGUGGAUGCUGUGGUGGAGUGCAACACCAAGCUGGACCCGACCAAGGCCACACUGCUCAAGAUGGCUGACUGCGGAGGCUUGCCUCAGGUUGACCAGCCUGGAAAGCUGACUGAAGCCUUUAAAUACUUUAUACAGGGAAUGGGCUACAUGCCCUCAGCCAGUAUGACUCGCCUGGUCCGCUCUCGCACUGCUUCUGGCUCCAGCGUCACCUCCUUUGAUGGCAACCGCAGUCGCUCACACACCAACGAAGGCCGGGGCCGUUCCCACACCGCCGACGCCCAGCGUGCACGCUCUCACACUGAUUCUGCAGACAACUCUGUGGAUCAGUCUGUGCUCAAAUCUACUGAAGUGUCAUGCUAAAGCAGCUCCACCCUUCCCUAAACCCUACCAUGCACUUCCUUUAACACACUUCCUUUCCCUUAUCUGUGUGUGUGUGUGUGUGUGUGUUGUGCUGUCACAAAAAUGCCCAGGAGUGCAGGCCACCAGCUUUGGGCACACUCUCAUCCCAGAAUACAGUUGAAUUAGUCAGAGUAUUUGAGGGUCCUCUGGGAAAUGCUGUCGAGAUGAAGUAAAAUAUUUGAAAGGGAAACUCCCCUAAUCUGUUAACUUGCCCCCUUUUUGGGGGCUGAUUUAUUCUUUAUGCAAGAAACACAGCACAGAAAUACUGUACGUGGGAGAAUAAGAAAGUUUGGGAAGCGUACAAAUUUGUAUGUUUGUACUCAUCAUGCAUCAUUAAUUUACUUUCUUUGCAUUCUCAUUUACUUGAUUGUAGUGUCACUUAUCUCACAAAUGCCUGCAAAUGGCUGAGGUUUUUUUUUUUUUCUUUCUUUUUUUUUUUAACAGUAAUGUAUUUGUGUAAUAGUUUUAAUACUGGAUUAAUUUUCUGUAUAUUUUGAAUGUGAUUUGAUGAAAGGAUAUGGUGGUGGAUAAUAGGGUUGUCAUUUUUCUAUGCUACCUACCUUAAAAAUAAACGACGUACACAGGCUA